AUGGUGAACGCAAUCCUAGACGCAAUCCAAGACGCACCUCUAGGGCAAGUUCUGAACUGGGUCACGAAAGGCAGGCUCUUCGCCUUUCCCGAACAACAUCCCAGCUUCUCGAUCCCCUGGGAGCAGGCAACCGUGAGUGAGAAGGAAAAAGAGAUCGAGAUUAGUCCAGACGUGGAUGUCAGCCGAGGGACCAGCAAUGCUACCACUCCAAACCCAGUUUCUCGCCAGCAUUCUUACAUCAACCGCGAGGAUAUCGAAGCCCGGCCGCUUAGCACCAUUCCUACAGCGCACUCGUCUGCUCGGGGGGAGUUCACAGUUGUUACCACACGCACAAGGACCAGAGAACAGACCCUGCCCUAUUCACGGGAACGAUUCGAGGUCGAACAAGAAGAAGCCAUCGAGCGCCAACAAAGCAGCAUUAUCGCCCCGCAAAUGACCUCGGAUGGCAUUAUCCUCGUGGAUUGGUACACCACUGACGAUCCUGCGAACCCUCAGAAUUGGGGAAGCUGGAAGAAAGUCUGGGUCGCCUUUCUCAUUUUCAUAUACACCUUCGCAGUGUACUCUGCCAGUGCAAUCUAUACCUCAGCGGAACCCCAAGUCAUGGCGAAGUUUGGCGUGGGACAGAGCAAAGCGAGCUUGGGGUUGAGCAUGUACGUGUUGGGAUAUGGCUUUGGACCAAUGAUCUUCUCCCCCCUGUCAGAACUCCCGGCCGUUGGUCGAAAUAUUCCCUACAUCAUCUCCUUCGGACUUUUCGUGAUCCUCUGCGUGCCGACUGCACUGGCAAACAGCUAUGCCUCCCUGCUUGUCUUGCGAUUCCUCACCGGCUUCAUGGGUAGUCCCUGUCUCGCUACUGGUGGCGCAUCCAUGGGCGACAUGUACGGCCUCUUGAAACUUCCCUAUGCUCUUACUGCAUGGGUCGCAGCAGCUUUUUGCGCACCUGCACUUGGUCCUCUUCUGUCAGGUUUCUCGGUCGUCGCAGAAGGCUGGCGCUGGGCGCUCUGGGAAGUCCUCUGGAUGUCAUCCCCAGUAUUCGUGCUCAUGUUUCUCUCCAUGCCUGAAACCUCGGCCAAUAACAUCCUCCUGCGUCGGGCUCAACGUCUCCGCAAGCUCACAGGCAAUGCAAAUUUGAAGAGCCAAGGAGAGAUCGACCAAGGCACGAUGUCGUUUUCCAAGGUCGCGAUCGAGCAGAUGUGGAAGCCCAUUGAGAUCUUUUUGAAGGAUCCCGCUGUCUUUUUCACGAACGUGUAUACGAGUUUGAUUUAUGGAAUCUAUUACUCCUUCUUCGAAGCAUUCCCCCUUGUCUAUAUCGGGAUAUACCACUUUAACAUUGGUGAAUUGGGCAUCGUCUUCAUCUGCAUCGUCGUCGGCUGCGCACUCGGCAUUGUCGUCUACGUCUCGUACGUGUACUUCUACCUCGAACCGGAUAUCAAGAAGAACGGCCUUCGCGCCCAAGAACACCGUCUCGUGCCAGCCCUGUUCGCCACCACGCUCCUGCCCGCGGGAAUGUUCUGGUUCGGAUGGACAUCGACGCCACACAUCCACUGGAUCGUCUCCAUCAUCGGCAUCACGUUCUACGCCGUCGGCGCCUUCAUCCUGUUCCAGUGCAUAUUCAUGUACCUGCCACUUACUUACCCGCAAUACGCCGCGUCUCUCUUUGCCGCGAACGAUCUGUGCAGGUCCGCGUUGGCCGCCGGAAGCAUCAUCUACGCGCACCCGCUGUACGUCAACCUCGGCAUCGGUCGCGGAAUCAGCCUACUCGGCGGCCUGUUAGGCGGCGGCGUCAUCGGCAUCUGGGCCCUGUGGUAUUUCGGCGCUUCUCUGCGCGCGAGGUCCAAGUUCGCCAUGAGCGGCUAA